UCUAGUGCUAAGGUCGAGGAGGCAGUCGAGGCAGGAGCAGUGGCCGAAAACGACGCCCGUGCCAAUGUGCAAAUUGAGGACGAGGAGGAAAGGGACACUAAACAUCCUACACCGCCCAUCGAAGAGCCCCCUCGGCGAAAGAGGAAGGAAAAGAAGAAGAGACAAGAGCCCGAAGUCGGUCCAGACUCCGCAGAAGUAUCAGAGCCAACGCCACCGCCGAAGCACCUAGCACUUCUCGAAAAACUUCGCAGGGUCAAGGAGAAGGUCUGCUUAGCUUCAACUUCCACCACCGCCCCCGCCGACGCAACCGCCAAAGACGCGGAAGUCAAAGUCAACGAUGAAGAGAAGGAGCAACUCCCUGCCCCAGUGGGCCUUGAACCCAUCCCCCAACCCCCGCUCACAAAGGCCACAAAACUGCAUGUCCCCCGAUCAUCCGCGCUCCCCCCAUGGUUGGCCAACCCGAUCACCGUCGACCCCUCCAAGACUGAGCCAUUCUCGGAUAUAACUUGUAUAUCGCAUAGGCUCCACUCCCGUCUCUCAGCGCUCUCACUGACAAGUGCGUUCGCCGUUCAAUCCACUGUCAUCCCCCUGCUCCUAUCCCGCGAUUCCGGGGAUAUAUGCAUUUCCGCCGCGACAGGGUCUGGAAAGACAUUAGCUUACGUCCUCCCCAUUGUGCAGACACUCUCGACUCGUGUGGUCACCCGUCUGCGCGCGGUGAUCGUAGUACCGACGAGGGAACUCGUCUCACAGGUACACUCCGUCGCACGUUCGCUAUCUACGGGCACAGGGUUGAAAAUUGGCACGGCGGUGGGUUCGAAAGCGCUGUCGCUCGAGCAAGCACAGUUGGUCGACGAGGAUGGUAGCAGUGGGAGUAAGAUUGAUGUGUUGGUGUGCACGCCCGGGAGACUGGUUGAGCAUAUCAAGACUACGAAGGGGUUUACGCUUAAAUUUCUAAAGUGGUUAGUCAUCGACGAAGCGGAUAGACUUCUCGCACAGAGUUUUCAGGAAUGGGUGUCCACGCUCAUCGGCGAGAUUGAGAGAGUGGAUGUCAGCGCGCAGGAUGAGAAGCUUAAUAGUGUGCUCGAGGAUUUGGGCAUCCGCCGGAAGCCCCCCGGAAGUGGGGUUCGCAAGAUCAUCCUCAGUGCAACGAUGACCCGCGACGUCGGCAAGCUUUCCGACCUAAAGCUACACAAGCCGAGUAUGAUCACCGUCGAAUCUGAACCUCUCCCCAUACCGGAAGACACCGACAAAGUGGACAAGGGAGAGCAAGACCUCCCAGAUGAAACCUUCACCCUUCCCCCCACCCUUCAGGAACUCCUCUUGCCAAUCCCCGACACGAGCCUGAAACCUCUACACCUACUGACCUACCUCCAAACCCUUCCACCGCCAACCCCACAGGCCCUAAUCUUCACCUCCUCAAACUCAACAGCAACCCGUCUAUCCGCCCUCCUCUCCACCUUCUCCUCCCACUCGGCUGCCCCACCACCCGCCGCCAGUUGGGUCACGAAAUGCAUAACCUCCGAAACACCCCGGAAGCAACGUGCCCGCUACAUCCGCGCCUUUACAAAGGGUGAAGUAGGCAUACUCGUGUGCUCGGACCUUGUCGCGAGAGGACUGGACCUGGAGAACGUGGCCAUCGUCAUCAAUUAUGAGGUCCCAGCUAGCGUGAGGGGGUACGUGCACCGGGUUGGGAGGACCGCGCGAGCGGGGAGAAAGGGUGUGGCGGUGUCGUUGGUUGGGGAGAAGGAGGCGGGAUGGUUUCGGGCGAAGAUUGGAGGGAAGGGGGUCGUUAGGAGUGGAGGCGCGAUUGAGAAGGGGAGGGUGGAGGUCCCGACUGAGGGCAUAGGGUGGAGGGAGGUUUACGAAGAGGUUCUGUUUGGG